ACAAACGCGAAACACAUACGAGUGUAAUAUUCAUUAUACAAAGCGUAGCACGCAUAACAGCAAGCAGUGGCGCAGUCUCAGUGAUAUUUUAUUAGUCUAAUGUAUUGAUGAAAACAAACAAUUGUGACAUCUAAGUGCAUGUUAAAUGAUGAAAGUGAAAUGUUCAAGUUGUUGUCGAAAAUGUCUGGAACUACUGGAAUGAGAUUAAAGUCGGUGGUUGUUGUGCCAAAACGGAGUCAAUCAUCCAACGUCAUUGAUGAAAUGGAUCGUUCAAGCAUACUUCGAUUGAAGAAUGUUUCACAAUCACAACAACGGGCACAUUCGGUCGGGAAGGAUAAAAAUGACAAAAACACAAGCCACGCUAAGAAAUCGAAAUCAAAGAAAAACUGGCCAUCAAUUGAAUCCCUUACCCGACACGCAAAUAUUCGACCGUUGGGUGUGACGGAUGAUUGGGGACCACUCACCCAUAAACAUGAGCUUAUGCCAAUGGACAACGUGCGAUACUGGCAUCAGCACAGAUGUGAGGUUUGCGACAAGCUUUUCGAGCACAAACAUAAGCAACGAGGCGACCAAUCCAUGAAUUAUAAUCGACACGUAUGCAGUGUAUGCGGCGGAACGAAGGGCAGCCGAAGAGUGCUGUUCAAAAACAGUCAACCGACUAUGGAUUAUCGAAAACAGAGAUAGGUUCAGUGUAUUGGAUUUAUUUGCGUUUAUUAGUUUGUGGAAUCACAUAUUUUUUGUUAAUUACAUCCGUUAGACUCAAUGAA